GUGGGCCACAGAGCUCAGGACCUCCAGCAGUAUGGAUGGGAGUGUGCAUCUCCAGGAGGGCCACGGCCUGAGAGUGGCCCUCAACACACCUGAAGACCUCAUGGAUAUAGUCUCUCUCAGCUCCAGAAUGUACCAUGUAAACGGAGACCACCGAGAGGAGAUGAGAGGCUCCAAGAGUCAUGUGGAGAGGACCACCUGCACGCCAAAGACCUGGUCUAAGAUGGUGGGGUGGCAGCUGUGCUCCAAUGUCUCCUACCCUUUAUCCUCUACGGGGCUUACCUUCCUCCCUCCCGGCCCUGUGCACCUCUCCCUCAGGCUACUGAAGCUAGACAGAGGCCUUCAUCAGUACCUACUAGAGGCAGCAUACUCUCUGUUGACGCAGAGUGGCUCCUGGCUCCCCAGAGAGGCCUCCCUCCACCUCCUCCUGGCCACCCCCCAGUCCUCCAUCCCCAGGGACAUGUCUCUGGACUUGGCCCUCAGCCCCCACAGGCUGCUCCUCAAGAUGACCCACCCACUUAAGACCCUCACCAUCCAGGGGCAACUUGACCAAGUGAGGAACAUGUGGACCGGUCAACUUGAGCUUCUGAUAGACAACGUUCAUCAGUAUUACAUCAUGGGACUGAUUGACUCCCAGACCCUCCUCUCAGAGCAAAGGCUGCGUUAUCAUCUAGAGGCCAAAGUGGGUGCGGAAAGCCUUCCCAUGAUCCUCUCUGCUAAUGUCACUCGUGGACUGGGCAGAAAGACCAGCCUGUCUGCCACUCUGAAGAAUGUGUUCAGAGAAGCUGCCUCCUUCUCAGUGGUUUUGGAGAGGAGGCUGGAUGAUGGGCGGAGACAGUACUCAGUGGAGGCGGAGCUCCUUCUGCCUGGAAUGGUGGGCAGCAGGAUUCUAGGGCUGAUGGAGCAGAAGGGCCCACUGUGGAGCUCUGCACUGAGGCUCAAAUACGGCCUACGAGAGGACUCCAGACACUUGCGUCAGGAGUGCCACACGUCCCAGAGCCUGAGGAGUGAGAGGGAGCCCAACCAGACGUACCGCAUGAGGGCUGAACACGAGUUCUACUGCUCUACCACAGCCCACGUCAACCACAAGGUGCAGCUGAGACACGAGGAGAGUCCCAGCCACACCAAGUCCAGUGUGGAUGUGAGCUAUGGGAAACACUGGGACGAGAUCAACAACAAGCACCGCCUCCUCCUCAGCCAGUCCUUCAGGAACCAGUCCAGACACAACCUUACCAGCUAUGCCCUGGAGUUCAGUCUGCAGGUCCCUGACAAGCGGCUGAACUACAAGACCCAGCUCAUGCACUCUCACCUGAGGCAGAGGGGGGCCGAGAGCAGCACCCACCUCAAAGUGAACUACAACGACCAGAUGCCUCUGGUGGCUGGACUACACUGGAAAGACACCUCCAAAGCCAUGUUCAGAAAUUGGGAAGGUAUGUUCAACAUGGACACUCCCUGGCUCUACAUGCACACCACGCACAAGCUGAGUCAGCCCCAGCGCCACACCUACCAGUUGACCUCUGAACUCACUGCCCGCAAGUGGCUGACUGUCCGUAGCCUCGUGCUGGAGGGCUAUUACAGAGACAGAAGCAAGGACAGAGAGGCCCGCCUACACCUCUACGCACCCGCUGUCACAUACCUCAAAGCAGUUGGCUGGGUUAUGGUGGCUAAACAGGGUCUGAAGGCCUCCUGCACCAUCAGCUCUGUGUGGAGCCCUGCCCUGAGGGGAGACCUCUCCCUGGAGAACAGCAAGCAGGGCAGGACCCUGCAGCUGGCCUCCAGCUAUGGCAAACACAACCUCAGCCUCACCGCAGGACUCACUACCCUGGACAAGAAUUUAAGGAAGAGGAUGGUGAUGAUGAAGAUGACCUUAUCAGAGCCCAAACGCCCGUCUAUGGAGUUGGAGUUAGAGGGUGGAGUGGAGGAGCUCAGGAAGGACAAACAGAUUUAUCAGAAGAGAGCGUUGCUACUCCUUCGACAGCCGUUCCAGAACUUUCUACAGAGCUUCCUUCUCCAGGAGACUUUCACCGUCGACCUCCACAAGGGCCUUUACAUCCUGGAAUCCAAAGCCCAUCUCUAUAGCAACAGAGAAAUCAUUCAUACUCUCACCCUGGGAUACCAGCAACCCAGUCCUUUUGUGUGUUCCUCCUUGACCCACCCGUUCAGCUAUGACGUCAUCCCUCCAGACUCUGAAGUGUGUGUCACAAUGUUUAACAAUCAGACGCAGAGAGAGGUGCGAGGGAGUGUUCGGAUCGGGAAGAAGGACAGACUGACGUUCCUUGGACAAAUUCAGUUGAACCCCUCAAAUUUACCUCAGCAUAGGGUCAAAGUUCGAGCCAACCUCACCCACCUAUUCCAGCUAUUUCAGUUGAAGCUCCCUUCGUCGGCCAUACUGGAAGGAGAUGUGUCCUGGGAUCCUAACAAUAACAGUGUGUUUGAUUACCUAGUGAGAGGAAAAGUAGGAAUCAACCGGCAGGAGUGUCAGUUUUCUGUUCAUCUGAAUGGCUCAUCCGACAGAAUUGGUCUGUAUUCCUCGCUCACACAUCCCUUCCAAUCCAAGAUCCUUAAAACAUUGGAGGCCCGGCUCACUGCAUACACUUCUAUGGUGGACGGCAGAGUGAGCAGCUCUCUGUGUGUGAGGGCUGAUGGGAAGGACAGAGCCCUGCUGGAGGCCCAGCUCUCCCACUCCCUACAGAGAGACACCAGAGCCCUGAGUCUACAUCUGACCCUGCUCCAGACUCUACUACCUACUACAGCCACUCAGCUGCACCUCAACAUGUCUGCCAACAUGUCCUCAGAUAGAUUCUCCAUGCAUGGUGCCUAUGACCAGGGAGGGGAGGUCCUGCAGGCCCAGGUGGCUGGCUCAUUGGAGCACUCCCCUGGUUCCCCGUGGCUCCGGAUGGCUGUCAACGGCGGCCUGAGGCACUCCUUACCCAGCCUCACUGCUCUGCCUCCUGCCCUGAGUCUGGAAGGAGCCCUGGGGCAGUCAGACUGGCUCACUGAAGGGCAGCUGAGAGUGACAGUGAGUAAGGCUGUGUACAGUGUGGAGCUGAGUCAUCAGCAGGACCAAGGAGACACCUGGGAGGAAGAGGAUGGCAUGCUGGGGAAAGAGCCUGACGCGGCCAGUGAUUGGUUGUGCGCUCGGGCAGGGGAGGAGUCUCUGUGUGUGAAUGUGAGCCGCCGAUUGGGCAGUCAGGCGAGGGGUGGAGUCAACGGCCAGCUCUCUCACUCCUCCCGCUGGCUCCACACUGCAGGUAUACCAGGUAACAGCAGUGCCCAGGUGAGCUGGACCCAGGAGGAGGGCAGGCUCUCAGUGCUGGCAGAACUACAGACCGGAGCUCAUGGCCUGAAGGCUGAGUUUGAGAGGGCCAGGACUGGCGGGGCCUCCCCACGAUGGGAGCUCCAAACCAGGGUACAGCACCAAAGCAAGGCCCUGGUCCAAAGAGGCCUGCCUAGCUCCAUCCAGGCUACAGGGCACUAUCAGGAGGAGACAGAGCGUUUGAGUGCAGGGCUGGCCAUAGCAGUUGACGAACAGAAGAAGGUGGACGUCCUAGUGGAAGCCGGCAAGGGGAACACCGCCGCCAACCUGACUGUGUCUCUAUUGCACCACCUGAGGCAACUCAAAGGAAUGAUACCUACAUCAUUGCAGAUGAGCUGCACGGGGUACGCCACCAACGGUGCCGCUAAUGACCGCCUCUCGGCCCAGUGCUCCGGAAGCGUCGCCGGUCGACCUGUGGAGACUCUCCUGCCUCCGUACUUCUCAGUGAACGGCUCCUUGGUCCGCUCCGGCUGCACCAUGCGCCUGGACACACACCUCCACACCGGGGGAGAGGAGAGGGGGGCCGCCAGCCUGGCCUUCUCCUCCUGCCUCCCCCAGCUCAGCCUCAGGAGCUCCAUCCGUCACUCCCUGGCGGGGCUCCAUGCCCUGGGCCUCCCCCCUCGCAGUGCCCUGGUCCUGGGUAUCUCGACUGGUGAACGCCCUGGGGUAGGGGUGGAGCUGGAGCUGGGGCAGUGCCGGAUCAGGGCUGAUUCGGGGGAGAAUAAGGCUAACUGGGUCGUCAAUGUGACCCACUACUGCCCAGAACUACAGAGCACAGGACUCCCUGCAUCCCUGGCCUUCCAGAGCCUCCUCUCAUUGGUCCCUUGCCAGCUGGCCGUUCACUGUACUCUAAAGAUGGACAACCAUGAUCUUAAUCUGGAGCUGGGCCAGUCCUGCAGUCCGGCAGCACACCUCUCUGGCUCCCUGACACACUCCUUCCCUGGGCUCCGGACCAGGGGCCUCCCCCUGAAGACCAGCAUAGACGCUUGGGCCCCUGAGGGCCCCGGACAGACUGGGGCCCUGUUGAUUAAAGCUGGCUCGUGUCAUAUCAGAGCUAAUGGAGACAUGGGGUCUAAUGGACGGACACAGUGGGCUACGGAGUCAGAUUGUCCGUUGCUACAGGGUCUUGACCUCCCCACCCAGGUCCACCUGAAUGGCUCUGUGGGAACAGAUGACCACAACAUCUGGGUGGCCAUUUUGGAUGCCAGUGUGGAGGGGCAACAGAGGGGUUCCCUGAGGCUGACCGCAGGGGCCAGGUCUGGGCUGAGGCUAGAGGGACACCUCAUUCACAACCUCACGGCCCUUGAGGAGAUACCGGGCCAGAGUAGGAUAGUGGUGACCGGUAGUGGUAGGGCAGACUCACAGGGCUACGAUACAGAGGUGGAGCUACAGCUGGGGGAAUGUGCUGUGAGAGGCUCAGCGACAGUGAUGACAAGGGACAACCUGAAGGGGGCAGUGGUGUACCACAACAACUGCACUGCACUACAGGAAUGGGGUAGUCCAGUUAAGAUGAACGUUUCUUGGUCCUUGGUCAUCACCCAGACACUCCUAGACACCCAUGUCUCCAUGGCGAUGGAUGAAAAGAAACUACAGGCUUUGAUGGCACUGAAAACAACAAAGGGUUGGCAGGAAGCAUCAGCCCAUCUCAACCACUCUGUGCCCCUGCUAGAAAGGGUGGGUCUCCCCGCCAAUUCUGCCAUCACGACCCGCUCAGAGAGCCAUGGCAACGGCUCUUACCACUGGCUCCUCCACUGCAUCGUGGGAGGCCAACAGUGUAUUGAGGAGAUGACCGUAGAGAGGAGUCAAGGGAUGGUGAGGGUGAAGAGCAUUGUCAAUCACACUAUGGAACUUCUGAAGAACUGGGGACUGCCAGAGAACAACAGUAUCCAGCUAGAGAUUGGUUUUGGGCAGGUGAGGAACCUGACCAUUCAGUCCCAAUUUGGAGCUCAGCUAGCAGGACUGGGGCUUCAGCUGAAGGACAGUCCAUUGGCUACUGAACUGAGAGGCAACCUGUGGCACAGUUGGCUUUGGCUUCAAGAGAGAGGCUUUCCACAGACGAUGGAGGCCCUAUGCUCCACACACAGGGUGCUGUCUCAGCUGAGGUCCAGGGCUCACCUCUCCGUGGAUGGUCACAGGCUGCUGGGCUCUGGCCUGAACAUCAGUUUACCCGAUGGACAUCUAGCCAUGCUGCUCUCUCUGACCCCUCCCUCAUCACCGCGUACAGACUUGCCAUAUAGUCUGGACACCGCCCUGACUGCCCAAUUCACAGGGCCUAUGAGGAGUGUGUCAGUGGACCUGCACUGUAAGGGGAGACGGGUGCGUGUUGUUGGGGAUGUGAGGGGCUGGAGAACCUAUGGAGGGUCCAGGGAGGCCAGAGCCACAAUACAACACAGCUUACAGGGUCAGACCAGCCCUAUCCUACAGGUGGAGGCCUGGGGAAGACUGACUGACUCUCAGCUCAGGUGCUCUGUAGCUGUGAACCCUGAGCUCAGCUCCUCUGUGGCCCUCAUCAUUCAGGGCCAUCAUCUACCAGACAGUAAGGAGCUGAUGGUGAAGGUGGUCCAGAAUAUCCCACAGUUGCUGCUCUAUCUGCCCACUCAACUCAACGCCAGAUCUCAGUUGAAUCAGUCAGACUCCAGUGUCAGGGGGAUGGUGGAGCUGCAGUCGGGCAAGAGGAAGCUGUGGGCUCUGGGGGAGCUGGCUGUCACUGAGGGCGGCUACCGUCAAGCCCUGGAGCUUAACCAAACCUACCCACAGCUGAAGCCCCUGCCCAGGAACAUUGCAGUGAGGAUGUCGUACGAGGCAAGGAACUGGAGCCACCAGCUGCAGCAUUGGGCCGUGUGGGGCAGUCAGGAGUUCAACAUGGCCGCCCUCUACUCUGCCCCUCCAGGACUGCAGCAGGGAGACCGCACACUCAAAGUUCAGAUUGCGUCUGUGCGUCACGGGUGCAGUCUGGAUGUGGCGUUAGAGCGUUCCCUCCACGGUAGGCUGGACAGUGUUGUGCUGGGCUGGAGCAGACAUGGAAGACAGGAGGAGGUUCGAGCUCUCUCCUUGUGGAGGGGUCAGGGGGAGAGUAGUGAGACAACAUUGGAGCUGAGACAGCCAUUCACCCUAACACUCUCCCAACUCUACCUCCACACGAUCUCACGUGCCUCGGCCACGGAGCAAAGAAGCAACCAUCAGACCCAUGUCUCCUGGGACAGUGGCUCUCCUGUGAAUGUUUCCCUCACCCUCAGCCAGCAGUGGCUGGACAGCUUCAGCAGGGGGCAGGCCUGUGCCCGCUUCUCUCCCGCGCAGGAAGUGGUCCCUUCCCUGGUGGCUGUUGAGGGAUGUGUCUCAAUGUCCAAGGAAGGGAACUCCUACUCCCAGAAUGCUGAGCUGAAGUGGGGCGACAAGAGCCUCAGGCAAAGCAUGAACUACCAGUGGAGUGCCACAGGACUACACACCCUCCAGCUGGAGGCUGGAGCAGAGAACGUGUCUCCCGCCCCCUGUCCCUCACACACCCUGCUGGCCCAGUUCCACACCAACCUCAGAGACAGGAUGGAGCACCACAUACAGGUGGGCCUCUGUCCCCCGCACUUGUCUCUUGGCUGGUCUGGGUACCACAGAGUGAACAUAGGGACAGAGCUGCUGUACACCAAAACCCGUCUCUCUCUGGCGGGACAGCCACACUGCAGCCUCACCCUGGCUCUCACCAACUCCUCUACCGCACACAGCACCAACAUAUCACUGGUAACUGAGUCUAAGGUGGGUAACUGGAGUGUGAAGGUAGGGGGCAGUGCCCUCUCCUCCCUGCUGGGUCCUGGGCUGCAGAUCCAGGUCAGACUCGACCGCAGUGAGCAGGUGUGGCUGAGGGGGGCGCUAGAGGGACGCUGUCUACAUGCUACAGUUGGAUAUGGAAACGGUAUAGGACCAGAUCAGGACCUCACAGUGGCACUGUGUCUGGAGGGCCGACGGAAGUUAGGCCUAACCCUUGAAGUACUGAGACGAGAGGACGGGACUCUGCUUGAGUCACUCACGUCCGUCUCCGUGGGCACAGCCAAUCAGAGCCUGUGGUUACGGGCCAGGGGAUGUGCAGAGAGCCUAUUGGCAGUGGAGGCUCAAGUCCACCAUUUGAGCUCUCAGAUGAGAAGGAAGAUCUUGGAGAGAGUGCAGACGUUACAGCACCUCCUGACAGAAUUCAGGCAGCAGUCCAAGGACAUUGAAUUGCUUCAGGAGCUGAGCGGCGCAGCCUUACGUUUUACCCAGAGAACAGAGGCCCUGCUGGGGCAGAGAGAGGGAGGAGCGUGGGGCUCUUGGAGGGCCAGCCGACUACGCCACGCUCUGACUCACAGUCUGCCACGCCUCCUCCUCCUACUACAGCACGCCUCUCAGCUUGGACAGCAUGAGCUCAGGAGACCACUAUCCACUAUAGCCGGGGCGUACCAUGAUGUGACAGGCCAGAAGGUAGACUCUGUAUGGAGGGAGGCUGUGUCCAUGUGGACUGACAGACUGGUGGAGCUCCUACCCACCCUACUGGAGAACCCUCAUCUUAGACCAGUAGCCCAGUUCACCCUCACUACCCUCAGCACUAUCCUGGAUGUGGUGAGCCAUCAGACUGGCCACUGGGCAGAGUUGAGGUUGGCAGUAGCCUUGGCGGGGGUCAGAAGACGAUUGGCCUCUGUGUACAAACUCUCCGCAAGUGACUGCUCUGUCUCCGUAACUAUACCCCUGCCCCUGGCGCGGGCCCCUUGGUCCAGGAUGGAGAAGUUCGGGGUGGUAGAGGUCCUUCUGGAGGAGUGGCUCCUCAGGCCCUUGCAGGCCCUCACCUCCCUCAGGCCCACCGCCGAGCUCUACCGCCUGAAACGGAAGAUCACGGACAGCCCCUUCUGCCAUGAAGCUCUGUUGGUGGCCAACCAGUUUGUGGUGUCGUUCGACGGCCACCUAUAUGAGCUGCCAGGCCCGUGUCCAGUCAUCCUAGCUCACGAUAUCACUCAGGAUGACUCCUUCACUGUGCUGCUAGGUUCAGACUCCAGCUCACAGCACACUCUGUUGGUGCGGAUGAAUAACAGCACUGUUGCCAUCCACCACAAUGGAGAGGCGAAAUUCAAUUGUCAUGUCACACAGACAUCCUACAGUGAUAAUGGACUGGUCAUCAGGAAAGAGGGGAAUGUUGUCGAGGUGUCCAAUCAGAAUGGAGUACGGGUGUCAUGUGACCCAUUGCUCGACCUGUGCAGCCUGACUCUGGAUGGCUGGCUACAUGGUGUGUCCACUGGUGUCCUAGGGACCAAUGACAACGAAGCAGGAAAUGACUUCCCUCUUCCUGAUGGCUCACAGGCUGACAACAUGGCUGACUUUAUGCACAGCUGGCAGAUCAGUCCUGAGUGUGGCAGUGUACCACAGAUAGCAGAGCCCUGUUCUAAGACGACUGCCGAUACUCUGAGCUGUGACUUUCUCUUCUCUGCCCGUGACUCUCCACUGGGCUCCUGCUUCAGAGUGGUGGACCCAGGCCAGUUCUUAUCGGUGUGUGAGAGAAGCCAUUGUGGCUCUGUCUCGGGCCACUCCGGCGCAUCCUGUAAGCUAGCUGCUGCUUUUGUAUACCUCUGCCAGAGAAACUAUGUCCCCUUAGAGCUCCCUGUCCAAUGCAUUCGAGUAUGAGGAACUUCCAUAAUGUUACGAUUGAGUUUAGGAAUCAUUGCACGCGCGAUAGUACACCAGAAUAUGUGUGAGGCUCCAUUCCUCCGCUUAGGCAUCAAAAUAAUAACAACGGCAGUGGAUCAGACGCCACUGCGGCGUCCAUCUUUAACAGUACUGCAGAUAUGUUUGUUGCUUUUUGUAGGGUGUCCAGAGUGGGUGAGAAUGCACUUGUGAUGAAAUUUCACUUCUGUAUGUCAUAAAAAUGCAUUUUACCAAGACAAAUAUGAUUAUUCAUGUUCUGAAUUGUUCAGUGGAUUCUUUCUGAGCAUGCCACGAACUAAAGUAAAUAUAAAAGGCUUUGAAAAUAAAAAAGCUUGGCACAC